AUGGCGUCCCUAGAGGGUCCCCGCGGGGGCCUGUCCCUGGGCCUGCUGCUGUGGCUCCAGCUGGCUCAGCCCGUGCUCAGUGAGGCCCUGGGUGUGGGUUACCGAGCCAAGGAGGAAUCUGGGGUGACCGUGCUGAGCCCAGAGCCCCCGGGACCCCCGGGACCCCCGAAAUCCCUGAGGAUCCCGGAAGUCACUGCAGCUCCGGGGUCUCCAGUGCCGGCUGGGCCUGCGGGACCCCGGGUCAGAACCAUGAAGAUAGUGGGUGGAGCACCGGCCCCGGAGAGGAGGUGGCCCUGGCAGGUGAGCCUGCGGAUUGGAUACAGCCACUUCUGUGGCGGCUCCCUCAUCGCCAGCAGAUGGGUGCUGACUGCGGCCCACUGCAUAUUAAGAUACGCAGAGUACAUGGUGCAGCUGGGAGACCGAAUGCUGGACGGUUCUUCAGAACAGGCACUCGUGGUCCCUGUUCAGAAAAUCAUCAUCCAUAAAGAUUUCGAAGUUGCAUCUAUGACUCAUGACUUGGCCCUUCUUCGCCUGGCCUACUCCGUGAAUUUCUCUUCGUACAUCCAGCCCGUGUGCCUCCCUGAAAAGUCUCUGACAGUGAAAGCUGGGACGCUGUGCUGGGUCACGGGAUGGGGCCAGCUGUCAGAGAACGGGAGUUCACAGAUGCCAGUUGAACUUCAGGAAUCUCAACUAAGAAUUAUUCACUUCGAUCAGUGUAACGGGAUGCUCCAGAACAAGCUGUCAACUCGCACUGAUUUGGUCAAACUGGGGUCUAUCUGUGGCUACAGUGCCCAAGGAAAGGAUGCCUGUCAGGGAGAUUCUGGGGGGCCCUUGGUCUGUGAGUAUAAUGAAACAUGGAUCCAGGUGGGGGUUGUGAGCUGGGGCGUUGGCUGCGGUCGCCAAGGCUAUCCUGGAGUCUACACAGAAGUUGGAUACCACAAGGACUGGAUUUUUAGGCACCUGAGUCUGGCCAGCUGUCUGGACUCAGCUGCCUUCCUCAUUUUAAGCCUGUGUCUGGUGCUGUCCCUACACAUCCUGGGGACCUCGUAAUGGCUGCAGCCUACUCUUCUCCAAUUUCCGAGACUCGCACUAAACUUCUCACCCGAUCCACUCUUCUAUUUCAAUAUCCUUUCCUCAAAAUCUAGUUGGCAUUGAUUGACCUUGAAGAGGUCCACACUCUAGACCAUGGCAGGGAGACUGGGGCCUACAAAAUAUCCGGCUUAGUGUCCUGGUCACCAGCUGUCUUGGCCAACCCUACUCGUGGGCUGCAUUUACUUGGGAAAGAGGGGGUAAACUAAGCCCAUCUAGAAGCAGGCUGCCAGGUGGAGCAAGAUGGCUGCCGACGUCUUAGUAUCUACCAAAGAAGAGACAGCAUCAACAGUGAAACAAGCCCUAUACAUGCCUCUGAUUUCAGGGCUCUGGCCUAAGAUUUUUGUCAAACUAGUUAGCGUGGUGAUUGCUCGGAGGGGAUGAAGGAGCAUAGCCAGGUCCC